AUGACUCACAGUUUGUCAACCCUCAUUCAACAAACGUACGACAAUGCCUUGAAGAACGGCGACUUGUUGUUUUUCGAAGCUGAACACGCGGUCAAAGACAGCAAUGGCAUCAAGUUUGAAAUCACCUAUGCACCCACGCUUGCUCAAAAACCACACCAUGAAAGCGCUGGCACGGAUGAUAACAAGAAAAAGGCCAAGAUCAAUCCCUUCUUACCACCCCAUCCUGCUCUCACGGUCAAGGAUUUGGAGGAACACACCGUUGUUUUGAACAAGUAUUGCGUUGUACCACAUCAUGCAUUGAUCGUCACCAAAGAGUACAAGAGCCAAACCCAACCCUUGUUUCCAGAGGAUCUUGCCGCAACAUGGAAAUGCAUGACUACAGCUUAUGGAUAUACACCUGCCAUGGCAUUUUAUAACUGUGGCCCUUAUUCUGGUGCAAGCCAACCCCACAAGCAUAUCCAAAUCCUCCCAUUGCUCAAGGAACAACCACAGCCACCUAUCAAGGCACUCUACAACCAAAUCCAGGAACGUAAGGCGGGUCAAAUCUAUGUCCUCGACAAGCUCCCAUUCGUACAUGUGAUGACGCCAUUGGAUCGCAGCUUUAUUGAUUCGUGCUCUGAUAACCCUGAGCCAUUGGGUGAUUACCUUGGCCAAAUGUUUUUCGGUUUGCUCGAUGCCAUGUUCCAACAAAUGCGCAAGCACGCUGAACCCAGCCGAGAAACAUCCUACAAUUUUAUCAUGACAAACGACUUUAUGAUGAUGGUACCAAGAUCCAGUGAAAUUGCCAAUAUGAAUGGCUUGCAAGUGUCCAUCAAUUCCCUUGGCUUUGCAGGCAUGCUCCUUGUACGCACCCAAGAGGAACUCAAUACUAUGCAACAAUAUCCCGACCUUUUGGAGUUGUUGGCCCAAGUCGGUUUCCGGUGGAACCCUGAUGCAGAGCCUGAUGUGGAACAAUAG